GGAAGUACCCACCAUCCACCUCAUCGCGACGCGCAGAACAUCAACCUUACCGAUAACUUCAACUUGCGAUCACCAUAUUCAAUUUAACGUCUUACUCCUCCAGAUUGUCCCUCAUCCAGAUAUCUUAUGAGGCACAACUUCAAACACUGAGAUUUUUAAAGAAUACUAUUGAAGACUUUAUUCUCAUCGCCGAUUCUUUGUUUCCAAUCCCUGUUUUACCCAUUCCUUAAGCCAUCAUCAGGAUGGCUUCCUCGUCGCGCAGCGGUGAGCACCGCUCAGUCCACCAAGAUUUCAUCGCAAGAAUCCGAUUCUCUAAUGCGCUACCGCCUCCCCCCAAUCCACCCAAGCUUCUUGAUAUACCCAAUACUGGCCUCGCAAGCGGCCAAUACACAGCCCCCGGUUUCGCCUCGAGGCUAGCCAGGGAGCAGCCGCUGAACAUCGAGGCCGAUGCGGAACUGGGUAUGCCAUUGGACCUGGUGGGAAUGCCAGGCAUAUUUGAUGGCGACGAAAGCUCUAUCCAAGCUCCUACGCAACCACCACAAAUCCAUCCCCACGAUCGAGCUCUUCUCAGAGGUCCCGGCAGCCUAGGUCAUCCCAAGCUUGCCGAAGCCAACGUAUCAUUCCUCCGACGUACAGAGUAUAUCUCUUCCGUCACCACUAAGCGCCACGAUGGUGGAGCUUUACGUAGCAACAACCCAGCUCCUAAGCGCCCCUUGAAGCGACCCUCUCCCGAGCGAGAUGUUGACGAUCCAGCCCAUAUCAAAAAGAAGAUAGAUCAGGGCUUUGCCAUAGCAGCUGCGAACUUAAAGGAUAAGAGCAGGGUCAAACAUCCUUCGAAGAGGAACCUCAAGCUGGUUGACGCCUACCCCUUAGUUCCCGAUCUCGAGGCCUUCCCAGACUCUGGUGCCUACGUCACAUUCAAGUUCACCCAUAAUCCUCUCCCCGCGACCCGUGUAUACGACAAACGUCUCCUCAACGGAAUCCUCAAGCCUAUCAGUAAAACCGAAGCUGAAGAGGCCGCUUUCGCGAUGGCCAUGCAGGCCCACGAGCGGGAUCCACAGCACGUCCCCAAGCCGCAGAACUUGAUGGACUACGAUUUCUUCCUCAACGAUAACUUGGACGCAUCAGAGCGAUUCCGGCAAAAGUUCGACAUCGAGAACCCGGACCACGACGAUGACAGUCUCUACACACACAAAAGCAACGGCAAACCCAACUUCCUAUUUCCACGGGUACGAACGUAUGAAACGGCGCAGGAGCUCGAACUCAACAAUCAAACCAAGUAUGACGAGGAGGUGGUGCUGGCAUUUAACGACGAUGAGGCGAUCGACCAGAAGGCAGCAUUCUAUUACCCGGUCAUGCAACGCAGCGUUAUCAAACCCCAACGCAACAAGAACAUCGCUCGCACGAUAGGACUCGUACCGGCGGACUUGAACAUGGAGGAACGCAACGUGGACCAACUGGACGUCGUAGUCGAGGGCCCCAGCGACGACAUCAGGGCGUGGAUGAGUCUGUACCGAGAUCACCCGUACGGUAGAGAAGACGAAGCUGAAGGUGAAGAAGGAGAGGGCGGGCAGAGCGGACAUGGGGACGCGGAGCACCGGGAAGCCAACAGCCGAUCUACACAACAAGCAGAAGACGAGGACGAGGACGAGGAUGCUGAGGGUGAAGAGGAUUAGUAGCCGGAACGGGCUGCUCGGCAAUAUUAUCUCAUACUAAAAAGUUUCAUAUAGUUCGAUCAGAGCAGGUUUUCGUCUUGGAGGCGUAAGGAACACCCGCUUCGCCCUGAUAAAAAUGCGGUAUUUGCUAUGAAUUAGGGAGGCAUCCCAAAUAAUCAGGGGGGGAGUCAUCCUUUGCAUUGGUAUCGAGCUCUUCUUUUUUAGCCUGCUAUUAGGUGUGUAAUGAGAAGCGCGUAUUUCACCACAAGAUGUGUCAACUAGAGUCCUAGAAAAUGGAUAAUAGGGAGCUAGAUAAAGGAGUUGAAUAAGCUUAUCCAUACCAUUUUUAUAAGCUCAGCGUGUUAAUAUAUAUCAUUAAAUUUCCG